AUGACAAUCGAGUGGGAGGGAGGGAGAGCAAAGGAGGAUACCUUCCCGGGAUGCCUGGGCGGGAGCUCAGAGCACCUGGGCCUGGACUUGGAGGCCCUGCAGGGGAGCAAGUACCUCCAGGACCUUGGCCUUGAGUCUCCUCCCCACAACCAAGCUGGGGAAGCCAACGGCCACUGCAGCCCCAGGAAAGAAGCUGGAGGAGAGUCCAUUUUCUGCAGGUCUACCAGGUCCCACAGCCUGCUUCGGAGACGCAGCUGGGAGAGGUCAAGGAGCUGCUCUGAGAGCUGGCGAAGGCUCAGCCUCGAUGCCUCUGCUGUGAGCGAGGGGCCCUGUCUCCCUCGGACGCUGGCGAGCCUUGCUCUGAACCUGCCAGAAGUGGGCCCGCAGACCUGGACCCGAGGGUGUCCUUCUUGGGAAGGGACCCCAGCAGAUCACCCAAGCAAGGAAUGGGCCAACCCUGAGAAAAGAGCGAGGUCGCGGUCGGUUCCCACGUCCUUUGAUGAGAUCAGCCCCUCGGAAAUCUCCCUGGCUGGGGAGGUGUCCCCACCAGUUGUCCAAGGCCUGGAGCCCCCGGAGCUGGAGAGCUUGGAGAAGGACCACGUGGAGCCGGACCGUGUGUGAGUGAUCCUGUGGCCGCGGGUCCCAGCGCACGGCUUGGGGCAGAGGGACGCUGGCAGUGAGUGACUGAGGUCCCCCUCAUCCUCCACACCCAAGACCUCGGUCUUCCCUUCCACACCAUCCUUCCCCCAAGAGCGAGAUUCAGGCCCCUCAGAGAGGUUCUUGGCAUCAGGACAGGGCAGCAGAGGUUGGGGGUCCCCGCUCGGGUCUGCGCCGGGACCUGGGGCAAGCGCAGCUUGGGGAACAUCUGU